CUGACGUCCCUGCCGAAGUACGCCCUACUUUUGUUGACCACGCCAUCGAGGCAAAUAACUCUUUUCCUCUUACCACCACCAUGGCACCGCCUAUGCAGACAUUGAAGCCCGGCUACUUUGGCGAAGGCUCCGUCGAAGUCACCCCACCUCAGGCUCCGGGCGAAGGAGGGGCACGACGGCUGGCCAUCGCGUCAGCAAAACUGGUGACGCAGCCCUUCGAAGGUCUCGACGCUGUUCCGGAUCUCCUAGACUACUCUGCUCGGACGUACGGCUCGAGGAAUGCUUUUGGAUGGCGAGACAUCAUCAACGUGAUUGAGGAAGAGAAGGAUGUGAAGAAAAUCGUCGACGGGAAAGAGAUUCACGAGAAAAAGAAGUGGAAAUACUUCCAGCUCAGCGACUACAAGUAUAUCUCCUACCUCGAAUUCAAAGAGAUAGUUUCGGAACUUGGGAGAGGGCUGGUCGACUUGGGGAUGAAACAGGGUGAUAUCUUCAAUGUUUAUUCGGGAACGAGUCUCAACUGGCAGCUCAUGGCCAAUGCAUGUGGGCUUAUUGGUACAACCAUUGCUACGGCGUACGACACGCUGGGCGAGUCUGGCCUUGAGCAUUCACUAAAUGAACCGGAAUGUGUCGGGCUCUUCACCAACGCAGAGCUGCUGCCCACACUGUACAAUGUCCUCCGGCAGACUCCCACGGUCAAAUAUAUCAUCUAUGACGGCAAAACCAGUACCAAACUUGUUGAUGAACUCCACGCUGUCCGGGACGAUAUCAGAGUUUAUCAUAUUGACGAAGUCAAAGCAAACGGCAAAACAAAGUCCCUCGAUACCAUCAAAGACCUGCGACCUACGCCUGACACCACCGCUUGCAUUAUGUACACCAGCGGAAGCACCGGCCCACCAAAGGGCGUCGUUCUUACACACAGAAAUCUCGUCGCCUCCGUUGGAGCCGUUUACGUCCUUUUGGGACACCACCUCACACAGCAAGACUUCUAUCUUGCAUAUCUCCCUCUGGCCCACGUCCUGGAGUACAUCGUAGAACUCUCUAUGCUCUUCGCCGGUGUGACGUCAGGCUACGGUCGCGUCAAAACCCUGACAGAUGCAUCGGUACGAAACUGCAAAGGUGACAUCGCAGCAUUCCGUCCGAGUAUCAUGGUUGGUGUACCGGCGGUAUGGGAAACUAUUCGGAAAGGUAUCCUGUCCAAAGUCAACUCCGGAGGUAUUGUUACGCGUUUCGUGUUCAAUGCUGCCAUGACCUUGAGGAAGAACAACGUCCCCGUUCUCGGUUAUCUUGCUGACACUGUGGUGCUUAGUGGUGUGAGAGCGGCAACAGGCGGCCGGUUACGUGUGGCCCUUUCUGGUGGCGCCGCUAUCAGCAAGGAAACCCAAGAGUUUUUGAACGUCGCGUUAAUGUGCAUGCUUCAAGGUUACGGUAUGACGGAGUCGUGCGGUAUGUGCGCGGUUCUUCCUCCGGAGUGUAUACGCUAUGAAGCCGUGGGUCUGCCGAUGCCGUCAGUCGAAACAAAACUGCUUGACGUCCCAGAAGCCGGGUACUUGUCAUCAAACAACCCGCCCCAGGGUGAAGUGUGCAUUCGGGGUCCAUCAGUGACGAAGGGCUAUUUCAAGCGGCCCGACUUAAAUGAGGACGACACCAUCUUCACCAAGGAUGGCUGGAUGCGUACGGGCGAUGUUGGACAAUGGAACAGCGACGGGACCUUGUCAAUAAUUGAUCGGUGCGACAUUUCAUUUGUUGUUUACUCGGUUAAUGCUGACGUUGCGGUUACUAUCAGUAUUAAAAACCUUAUCAAGCUUUCUGGUGGCGAGUACAUUGCACUUGAGAGACUUGAGGCGACAUACAAGUCAUGCAACCUGAUUGGCAAUAUGUGUGUAUAUGCCAACGCAAGUGCCUCACAGCCCAUCGCAAUCAUUAUACCCCAUGAGGCUCACCUACGACAUUAUCUUGCGAACGUUCCCGAUGUCAACGGCAAAGAGGGUCUGGGCAUCUUGUGUCACAAUAAGAAGGUGGCAUCAUUGGUUUUGAAGGAGUGUAAUGCUAUUGGAAAGAAAUCGGGCUUCAAGACGAUGGAGUUGUUGCAAGCUGUUGUUCUGACGGCAGACGAAUGGACACCAGAGAGUGGUUUGGUCACUGCAGCUCAGAAGAUUAACAGGAGUGCCAUCGCAAAGCAGUUUGCGUCUGAGAUCAAGGAGGCAUACAAGCAGUAGACACCCGACGGUCGGGUUUUUUCUCUCUGGGAUUUUCUUUUUUCCUUUUAAUUAUGGCGUUGUCAUGUAUUCUACUCUUUACUUCCUAGGUCCGGAGUGACAAAGGCAUUUCAUUUCCUGUUUAUACAACAUCGCGGAGGUUCGAGAUAUGGAAACUUAAACCUUCUCUUGAGAUUCAGAAUGAAUAUUCUGAGUACGCGACCCUUCGGGCAUAUCAGGCAUGCGUUUGCCACUCUUUGAGCUUCCUGAAGUGCUUCCCUUCAUCCCACACAAAUGGGCU